AUGGCUCUUGUGAGACAAAAACUUCAAAGAAAUCUCCACCUUCCCCUUCCACAACUCCAACUUGGCCUGUGCACUCCCAUCACUUGCUUCCCUGAGCCUGCAUCUAACAUUACAGUUCAAGGGGUGGCUGACUUCUGUGACCUUGAAAAACUCUGCGUUCUUGGCCAUGGAAACCAUAGCAUUGUCUACAAGGUACUCCACAGGCCAACUUCAGCGAUCUAUGCAAUGAAAAUGGUUCGGGAAGACAUCAGCAGCCCUUGUUUAUCCCACGAGACAGAAAUCUUAGCAUGCACUGACUCGCCUUUCGUUGUUAAAUGCCAUGGGAUUUUCGAGCCUAGAGCAGGCGAGAAAGCAAUUCUUAUGGAGUAUAUGGAUGCAGGAACUCUUGAUACUGUUCUUAGAGCCAAUGGUCCUUUCUCUGAAACUUUACUUGCCCAUGUUGCUCACCAAGCACUCAAUGGCCUUAGCUAUCUUCAUUCAUGCAAUAUUGUCCAUUUAGAUAUCAAGCCUUCGAACCUUCUCGUUAGUAAAGACAUGAACGUGAAAAUUGGAGAUUUUGGAGUUAGCAGGAUUGUGAACGACACUAGUUCGACAACCUACGACAAUUUGGGCAGCCAGGGGACGUAUGCUUACAUGAGUCCCGAAAGGUUGGACUCGCAAAGGUUUGGGUCGGGGGAUGUUUGUGCAGGGGAUGUGUGGAGCCUGGGGGUUAGUUUGUGGGAGCUGUAUGUGGGACAUUUUCCGUUUUUUCAAGCUGGGAAGAGGCCCAGUUGGAUGGAGGUUGUGAUGGUGAUAUGUUUUGGAGAAUUCCCUUGCUUGCCAAAACAGGCAUCCCGGGAGUUUGGGAACUUCCUUGAGUGUUGCUUGGAAAGAGAACCGAGUAAAAGGUGGACAGUUUCUCAACUCUUGUCCCACCCUUUUGUCUGCAUGGACAGGGAACCUUAA